GACGCGCAGCUACACUUGUCAGAUAAACCAGGCAGCAGGAUCGUCGGUCUCCAGUACCGUAACACCAGUAUUGUUUUUUUUGUAGUUUUAUGCAUUUAGCAAUGUUGCAUCAAAGUUAUCGAUAAAGCUACUCGGUCCAGUGUUAUAGUGCUUUAAAUAAAGUGUAGUGCCUCAAAAAUAGACUCUAGGAAUAUGGAAAACAGCUCACAAUCAUCUACUAACCCCAUUUCGCAGGGGUGUGGCCCAAAUACCCAAAUAAAUGUACAUGUGAGCCCCACUACGGGGGGCGAUUUUUAUCUAAGCGUUGAAUCGGACAUUUCAAUCGAAAAUCUCAAAAAACUCAUAUCGAAAAGACUUAAAGUUCCCAGAGAUAGAAUAUGUUUACUGUUCAGAGAUAAGCAAUUACAAGAUGGAAAUUUGGUUCAUCAUGGUAUAUCUGAUGGGUCUAGAAUUACUUUAUUACCAAAUGUCGAAACAGGACUCAUAACCCAACGUCCAGAAAUUGGAAUAAUGCAAGCUCUAGAAUCUCUAAACGAUACCCAAGUUAACGAAUUUUUAUGCGGUAAAGCACCUCUUAAUCUCAGUAUGCGUCUAGGAGAUCACAUGAUGCUAAUUCAACUUCAGUUAAGUACCGUUUCUGGUGCUAAACCAUCAACUACCCCGUCCCCUACAUCCCCUUCUUCAUCCGCUACGACCAGUAUCUGUCCUUCAUCAACAUCUCAACCCCCAUCUUCUCCUAGUCCCCCUAGUCUAUUACAGGCCUCAAGAAAUUUGCAACAUACCCUCAGAAGACUGUCCGCUGAUGUUUUCUCUGGAAAAGAUAGAGGACGACGAGAGAGCGUCUAUUCUGGAACAUUCAGUGGAGCACUGAAUCCAGCUUUACAAGACCCCAAGGGUCGACCACGUCGUGAUGUUGCCACUAUUGUACACAUACUUAAUGAUCUCCUUUGUUCAGUACCAGAACUCCGUAGGGUUACCCGUAAAGGAUCUGAAGAACCCAUUACCCACGUUCCUACAGAACAUCAAGACGAGCCGAUGAUAACGACCUCGUGCAGCGAAGAUCAGAACCUAAGAACUCGCGGCAAAUUAGAACACCUAAGGCUUGUUAUGGGGGAAAGGCGCGAACGAAGGCGACAACGUAAACAAAAACCGUAUUCUCUACCUCAGAGUGACACAGAUACUGUCACCGCAUGAAACACGGCUUCCUUGUACAUAGGUUAUUAAUUUUUUUUAAAGAAGCUGUUCGGCAGAUAGGAAAUCUACUUUUGAAACGUUAGUUACAUAAAAGAAAAAAAUUUUCCGGCGCCAAUUGGUCUUUAACUGAUCUCUUUCACUUGCAGCUUAUACUAUCUCCGAAGGUUUGGUUCUCUUGAUAUUUCUCUUUAGAAAAUGUAACUGCAGCUUCUUUAUGUACCCCAUCCUUGAGUUUUUGGCCCUAUGUCUUGAUUUCUUUUGUAACUGUUACAGAAGUUUACAUAUUUCAUUACCCUGUCCUUUUUCAUCUUCAUAGACUUUUUCCUUUUAUUUUUGUUAUCCGUGCACUUGGUUUAUCAGUUAUCGGUUGCUUUUACUCAGAAUUCAAACUUUUAUUUUUCAAUAACUUGAAUUUCUUCAGAGUUUAUUAAAAAAACUGGUUUUUACCUAAUUAUAUAAUAUUUAUGUUUUUUUCUUUGAUAUUUUUAACGUUUCGAAAAGUGAUUUUCUGUUAGUAAAUUUUUGUUUGACUGAUUUAUAACUAGUAACGCCAAAGUGGGAGAAUAAAUGUAGCAAUAUAGAAUUCUAUAUGGAAUUUGAGUAAAUUUCAAUUUUAUUUUUAAGGGAAUCGUUAAACGAUACAUUCCAUAGAAAAAACUAAAUGUUUUUCCAGGUUUCCUCCAAAAUAUUUCGCUCUACUUUCACCUUGAUAACUAAUAAUCUCCAUUCUUUUUUAUUUUUGAUUUUGAUCUAUUUUUUUGUCUUUUACUCGUGGUUUCAAUUCUGGUGUCUUUUUCACUGACAUUUUCACGAUUUUCCCAAAAUAUGUUAUUCUACCUUUACUUUGGCAACUAUUGAUCUCCAUUUUUUCAUAUUCUGCUUCUAAUUUGUUUCCAUUCUUUUUCUAUUUUUUUGGUUUUUUUACUUGUGGGUUACAUUCUGGAAUCGUCUUCACUGAUAUUUUCACGUUUUCCAUGUUUCAUCCAAGAUUUUUUGUUCUGACUUAAUCUUAUCAACUAUUGAUCUCAAUUUCUUCAUAUUUCGUUCCCAAUUUGCCUUCAUUCUUUUUCUAUUUUUGAUUUUAGCCUAUAUUUAGCUAUUUUACUUGUAGAUUUCAUUCUGGAAUCUUCUUCACGGACAUUCUCAUGUUUUAUAUGCUAUUCCACCUUCACCUUGUCAACUAUACAUCUCUAUUUCUCCAUAUUUUAUUCCCAAUUUGCUUUCAUUCUUUUUCUAUUCUUGAUUUUGUUCUACUUUUUGGUCUUUUUACUUGUAGAUACCAUUCUGGAAUCUUCUUUACUGAUAUUUUCACAUUUGUCACGUUUCCUCCAAGAUAUUUCUUUUUGAAUUUACCUUUUUCGACAAUUGAUCUCCAUUUCUUCCAAUUCUCUGUUUUUCCUCUCAUUUGCUUAGCUAUAUAUUGUAAACUGUCAAUAUAAGGAUCAUUUAAUAAUAGGAGCACUUUGUGAUAAUAGCCAUUUCACAAAAGUUACGAACAUCAUUUUUUCUAUUCCCAUAAAUAUUACAGGGCAAUCUCGAUAUGAAAAAAACUGAAGGGAUAUGGAAAAUAUUUGUUAUACGAAGUUACCAAGAGAUUAGGUUGGACACAUUUAAAAGUAGUAAAAAAAUUUUUUGUCUUCAAAACAAACUAUCUAAACAUUUGAAGAAAACUUUGAUUUAUUUUUAGUGUUUCUUCAAUUUCUCCUCUGGUAUUAUGAACAGAAUUUUUGUUUUUUUUUUGAAAUUUCUAGAGGGGUGAAAAUGUAAUUAGAAAUAAUGAGAAAAAUUGAUCUGUUUUAAUGGAAUUUUCAUUUUAUUUUCAAAAUAUUGCUCCCGACUUAUCUCCCACUAUUUGGUUUUUCAGUUAUAAAAUAAAAAUAAACUGAAAAAACAAAAACAAAUUGAUGAUAAGCAGCUGUAACUAUCAAUUUUUUUGUAUAAUUAGAAUAUACUGAUAUGUUAAAUCAAUUUAAUUAUUUUUAAGUACUUCCUCUUUAAAUUCUUAGGUACGUCUGAUUGCAAUUAAAACUAGGUAUUAAGAUUUAUUUUGUUUAUUAUUGAUGUGAUCAUUUGUUGUGAUCUAAUUUGAAAUUAUUGUUUUUGUUCCCUUAGUAUAUUGAGAAUUAAUUGAUUAUGUUAAUAAAGUAUUUUUAAAA